AUGGUUCCGUCAAAGGUGUCUAACAAUACUUUCAACGACACCUUUUUCAAUAGUCAAGAUAAUAGCAAUGCAACUCUCCGAUCAGUUUAUGUGAGUGCACCGAAAAGCUAUGCAAUUAGUGGCAUGAUCAUGGUAGGUGCUAUUGUCGGUGUCAUUGUUAUUGUUGUCUUAAUGGCAUGUUUUCACAUGUUUUCACGAUGGUAUUCACGUCGUGUUCGUCGUCAACGUCGUCGUCAACGCCGUCGUCUUGGUCGUCGUCGACGUGCUUCGAAUAUUGUGUUUCGUGUGGACCAUAUCCCAGCUACUGUGCGUACAGGAAAAAAUCGUAGGCUUGAAGUUAGUGUGCGUAACUCACUACCGAAUUUUGUUUACUCUAAGGUGACUCAUAAAGAAGAUCUUGACUGUGCGGUUUGUUUGUCCGAGUUUGAAGAGGAUGAAACGGGUCGGGUUCUACCCAAUUGUCAUCAUAGUUUUCAUACUGAGUGUAUUGAUAUGUGGUUUCAUUCUCAUUCUACUUGUCCUGUUUGUCGGGCAAAGGUUGGACCAUUUGACCCGACCCGAAAUAAGGACGUUUUGAAAACGGUUAGUAAACCAGUUCAGUCGGUUGAAUUGGCACCGGUUCAACCUUCUAGUUCGACCUACAGUGAGGUGUCAUUUACUGAUAGGAGAAGUGGGUUGGAUUUGGAAGGUGUAAAAAUUGAGAUGCCAAGUGAGAUUGAGUCAAUAGAUGAGCUAAUGCCGAGUUCACCCGUGAGUUAUGGGUUUACGUCACUUGAGAACCCAUCACAAUCACUAAAGAAUAUGACUAGCACUAAUCAAAAACUAGUUGAUGUUUCUCCAUCUACUGAAAUCGGAACGGGUUGCUCGAGUAAAACUGAGUUGGAUAUCGAGCUAGGAAUAUUCGAGCAAAAGGUUCGUGAACAAGUUUAA